GUCAUUAUGAUGCCAAAGAUUUUCUGUUAUAUUAUUAUUAUGGAGGAAUGAUCUACACAGCUCUGAAGAACUAUGAAAAAGCUCUGUAUAUGUAUGAAAUAGCAAUAACAACACCCAGUAUGGCUGUCAGUCAUAUCAUGUUAGAAGCUUACAAAAAGUACAUCCUUGUUGCUCUUAUUCUACAUGGAAAGGUUCCCAAUCUACCAAAAUAUAUAUCACAGGUAGUCACAAGAUAUAUAAAGCCAUUAUGCCAGGCUUACCAUGAUCUGGCUUUGACUUACGGAUCUAACACGCCCUCCGAGUUACGAGCCACAGUAAACAAGUAUCAGGAAACCUUCACCAGGGAUAACAAUAUGGGCUUGGUAAAACAGUGCAUUACCUCACUUUACAAGAAAAAUAUUCAAAGAUUAACGAAGACAUUUUUAACACUAUCUUUGGCCGAUAUGGCUAAUCGUGUACAAUUAGCCAGUCCUAAAGAAGCAGAAAAAUAUGUUCUACACAUGAUAGAAGAUGGUGAAAUAUUUGCCUCUAUUAAUCAAAAAGAUGGUAUGGUCAGUUUCCAUGACAACCCAGAGCAGUACAAAAGUGCUGGCAUGCUACUACAAUUAGAUAAAGAGAUGCAGAAAGCCAUUCUGGUAGAGGAAAAGCUACGAGAAAUGGACAGAGAAAUUGCAGUCAAUCCUCAGUUUGUUCAAAAGAGUUCUGGUUCUCAUGAAGAUGAUUUACCAGGAAGCUCAAUAAAAGGUCAAGGAUAUUAAUGGAGACUGAUACCUCAGUUACAGUGUUAUUUUGUAAAGGACUGGUAUAUUGUGUAACUUCUGUUACAUGUGUAAACCAUUAAAGUGUAAUAAAAUUUUACUUGUCAAAAGAAA